AUGCCUGCAUACUCUGCGUACUUGCUCCCAUCCCCAGCAGUGCUCCCAUCCCCAGCAGGGGCUAGAUGGGUGGGACGCACAGCAAGUUGUGCAAGGAGGAGAAGGGGGUUCUAUAGUCCAGUCGAAAAGGGGGUGAGGCAGGUGCCCGACUGCAUCAAGUUGCAGGCAGAUGGGGAUGAAGAUGCUGCUCCCAUGCUGCCCUCUCCCUUCCUGAUCUUAUGCACUCUCCAUCCCCUCCAUAUCCCACCAGUUACGUCCGUCAGUGGCGCUGCUCCUUGCCCUGCAGCCACUCCCCUUGCACCAAUCACAGCCACGCUCAUUCCACCAAUCACAGACUGUGUCCCUGUCCUCCCCCACCCCGCCCCUCCGUGCCAGCCCUCAUACUGCACUCACCCCAUCAGUCCUGCAACCAGAUUCACCCACGCGGCAUGCCGCAGGGUUCACUCUUUUCUGCAGCAUCCACCCCCCUUCCAUUCCUCACGUCACACGACCCUGCUUCUGUUUGCCGCUAGGCCCUCAUGCUGCCCCACUAUCACCCUGCACCCCUUGGAUUCCAACGCUCAUCAUUGCCCCUCACCAGACGCGCAUGCUGCGCCCACGGGCUGUCACAAGGCACGACGCUGGCUCACUCCCUUCUGCGCCAACCACUACCCCACAGCCCUCACACCACCCUGCUCCUUCCCCCUCUCCCGCCCCCUGUCUGUCCUCAUGCUGUGUGGUGGCAUGUGUGUCAUAACUAGCAAACUACAGCCACGAGGCGCCACUGACUUUCGCAUCGCACAGCAUCGUUCUGCCCCAUCCCUCUUCUCCCACCAGAUCCUCAUGCUGCACUGUGGACUGCCAGCGCGCAUCACGGACUGCAGCCACGAGGCAGCACAGCGAGGCAGGGAGGCAGGGAGGCGCCGCAAGAAGCUCCCAGCACUCAUCACGGAUUACAGCCACGAGGCAGCACAGCGAGCCCGGGGAAGUGCUCCGCUUGCUAGCUGUCAACGCCAGACCCUCAUGCUGCACCCAUGUGCCCCAUCCCUUUGUUCGCCGCCAGGCCUUCAGAUCACCGUGCUGCCCCAUCCCUCCUGCCACCAGGUUCUCAUGCUGCGCCAGAAGCUCCCAGCACUCAUCACGGAUUACAGCCACGAGGCAGCACAGCGAGCCUUGGAAGUGCUCUGCUCGCUGGUUGUCGACGUGGAAAGGUGCCCUGGGGGAGAGGCGGCGCGAGGGGGUGGCGAAAGCUGCGGCAGCUGUGCUGCAACCUGUCAUCAGCGAGGUAGGCGGGGGUCCAAGGAGACAACGGUUAGGCCAGGGAGGCUCUCUGCUCGCUGCCUGCUGAGGUGCAAAGGAGUGGCGAGAGGAGGGGCUGCAGCGGCCGCGGUGCUGCACUGCAGCCUGUCAUCGGCAAGGUAG